AUGGGGUCCGCACACCGGCCCGCCAUGAUCGACUCGUACUUCGACGUGUUAGUAAUCGGCAGCGGCCUCAGCGGCAUCAACUCGGCCUACCGCAUCCAAGAGUCGCUGCCAGACGCCAAAUUCGCCGUCCUCGAAGCCCGCCACGAACUCGGAGGAACAUGGUCGCAAUUCAAAUACCCGGGCGUACGGUCAGACUCCGAUUUGCACACGCUCGGCUUCCAGUUCUACCCAUGGAGGGCGAAGAACCCGAUUGCCAGCGGCGAGAGCAUCAUGAGCUACUUGCAGGAGACGGCGCACAAGUUCGAUCUGGACAAGAAGAUUCGGUAUAGACACAAGGUUAUGAAGGCAGAUUGGAGGAGCGAGGAACAGCGGUGGAGACUUGAGGUGGAGGUUGGGAAUGAUGUUGGGAGAGAGCCACGGACGGUGGUGUACUGGACCAAGUGGUUGAUCACUGGUACGGGGUACUACAACUACGACACCCCGCUGAAGGCGAAUAUCCCCGGUAUCGACAACUUCAAGGGCAAGCUUGUUCAUCCGCAGUUCUGGCCUGAGGAUCUGGAUUACAAGGGCAAGAAGAUGAUUAUUGUGGGUAGUGGCGCCACUACUAUUACCAUGAUGCCUGCGAUGGUGGAUAAUGGAGUGGGUAGUGUGACGCAGCUGCAGAGAAGUCCGACGUACAUUAUGAGUCUACCGCAGAAGGACCAGGUGUGGUUUGAGAAGUGGGCGCCGGAGUGGUUUACCCUCCGCUACAAGCGUAAGCCUUCUUCCCUUCAACUAUCAGUCCAAACUAACAACCCAGGCUUCAUGUUCACCCUCGUCCCCAUCCUCCUCUACAAAUUCUGCAUCUGGUUCCCCACCCUCGCCUCCAACUUCCUCGUCAAUAAAGCCGCUCAACAACUCCCGCCCGACUUCCCCGUCGACCCGCACUUCAAACCCGGCUACAACCCCUGGCAACAACGUAUGUGCCUCUGCCCCGACGGCGACUACUUCAAAGCCUUCAGCUCAGGGAAAGCGCACAUCGUCACCGACACCAUCAAGAGCGUCGUCGCCGACGGCAUCGAACUGAACAGUGGAAACAAACUGGAAGCUGAUAUUAUUGUUACUGCCACAGGCCUCAACAUGCGUUUCCUCGGCGGCAUCGACGUGCGCGUCGACGGCAAGAAAAUCGAAGUCUCAGAGCAAUACAUGUGGCGCAACGCCAUGCUCACCUCCCUCCCCAACCUCGGCAACAUCAUCGGCUACUGGAACGCGUCUUGGACACUCGGUUCGGACGCCGCGUCCCGCCUCUUCGUCCGCUUGAUCAAGCACCAGCAAGAGCAGGGGUAUACCAGUGUGACGCCUGUGAUUGAUGAGAAGAGUAGACAGAAGACGGUUAGUGCUAGUCCGCUCAAUAGCACGUAUGUCAAUGUGGCGAUGAAGAAGAUGCCGAAUUGUGCGGAUGCGGGGCCCUGGAAGCCGAGAGAUAAUUGGUUUGCGGAUAAUUGGGGGGUUACGAGGGGGAGUAUUGAGGAGGGGUUGAGGUGGGAGAGGGUGAGGGUUGAGUAA